AUGAAAGUGUACAAUCUGGCAAUUUAUUUCUCCUCAUUAUACAUCCUUAUUUGUCUUAUCGGGUCAACAUUAUCAACGACCGGGACGAAUGAAACCGGAGGAGAGGAAGAGAAUCCAUUGGUUGAAAGAAUUCAAGCGGCACAUUGGAAAUGGCACGAGUAUUCGGUACACAUUACAAUUAUGCUCUUUCUAAUGAUCAUGGUCCUGAUCAAAAUUGCUUUCCGUAAAAUCCCCUACAUCGCUCAAUAUGUACCCGAAUCGCUUCUGCUCAUCAUUAUCGGGAUCAUUUUUGGUGGUAUCGUCCGAUACGGGAUCCACAAAGGAUCAUACGAGGACACAUUGUGGGUUCUAACACCAACCUUAUUUUUCGACUACCUGUUGCCACCGAUUGUGCUCGAAUCGGCCUAUUCCCUAUACAAUAGAACAUUCAGUGAGUAUUUGGGUGUGGUACUCAUUUUUGCCGUGUUGGGAACCAUUUUCAACUUUCUCAUUAUCGGAUUUGCCAUGUACGGAUUGUUCAAAGCGGGCGCUUUCGGUCCAACACCACUCCAUUUCAAUUUGAAAGGAUUUCUCCUGUUCAGCUCACUCAUUGUUGCCGUCGAUCCCGUCGCUGUGCUCGCCAUCUUCCAAGAUAUCGUCGUGCUCUACGACAUCAUGUCCGCAUUUGCUGGCAAAGAUAUUGUGUCACUACACGAGAUCGGUGUCGGAGUUGCCUCAUUCUUCACGGUCAGUUUGGGAGGAUUUCUCAUCGGAGUGAUUGUGGGCAUUAUAUCCUGUCUGAUCACUCGUAUCAAAAGUCAUCUGGGUGCGUUCAUUCUCAUCUUGUUGGCAUACUUCUCCUACAUCAUGACUGAUUGUGUCGGAUGGUCCGGGAUCAUUUCCAUGAUCGGUUGUGGUUUGAUUCAAGCGGCCUAUGCAUUCCACAAUCUGGAUGCGAAAUCGGUCAGUUUGGUACACCAAUUGACAAAACUGGCGGCCGAAAUAUGUGAAUCAAUGAUUUUCCUCUAUCUCGGCAUUGAGAUCGUGAGUGUCAAAUUGCGAUGGCACACCGGUUUCAUGCUGUGGGGAUUGGUUCUGUGCUUGUUGGCUCGUGCACUCAUUGUGCUCGUAGUCACGGCUAUUGUGAAUGCAGUUCAUGUGGACGGGACGAAAAUAUCCCUGACCGAGCAGGCAAUUCUCAUCUACGGAGGACUUCGCGGUGCCGUCGCGUUCUCUCUGGCUGUUCUCCUCGAACACAGACACUUUGGAUUCCAAGGUGAAUACAGCAGACGCUUGAUUAUCACCGAGGCACUGUUCAUCAUUUUGUUCACAGUCGGAUUUAUGGGUAUGACAAUGAAGCCGUUAGUGAAAUUGUUGAAAAUUCGUAUGCAAGGUCGGGAGCCACUAAGCCUGUUCGGGGUGCUCAAUAGCAGUGUGACGGACGAAACGAUGGCCGGUUUGGAAGUGAUCACCGGUGUGAAAGGUCGAAAUCGUAUUCGUGAGCUUUUCAUGCGAUUAGACGACAAAUAUUUCCGUCACUGGUUAAUUCAAGAUCCGGAAACUCAUGACGAAAAAAUGAUGAAAGUGUACGAGAAGAUCUCGCUAAAAUUGCACGAUGCUCAAAUUCGACCGGACCGUCAAAAAUCCAUUCUGGCAGAUUUACCCGACGCUUUGCGCCAAAAGUUCCUGGAAUCCGAAUAUCAAACUCAACCACUUCUACCUGCUUCAUGGCCGGUGGAAGAUGUCGCGGAUUUGGAAUUGGGCAGUGAUGAUUCCGAGAUGGCUGCCGCAUUCGCUAAAUGCAUGCGUUCCACCCGUCGACCCACACUCAUUCCGAAUGAUAAACGGCAAAUGGGUUUUGGUGACACACUGCACGGUGUUAUGCGUGCCCGACUGAUGUCUCAAGUCAGGCCACGUGGUCGCCAACCUAGAGGCACAUAUAAUGAAGGAUUUGCUUCGAACGAGUCUGAAUAA